AGAUUUUAAAUUUCUUUGAAUCAUCAUUUUAAGUAAAUCAUUUACUUAAAUCAACUGUUGAUUAUUUACGUGAAUCAACUGUGAAAUAUCCAUCCAAUUCAAUGGCAUCAGAAGGUUGAUGUUGGUUGCAUGGCCAGGAUCGUGAUAAAAAACAGCUUGCAGACAAAAAGGCAAGUGCACUGCAAGUUCUCACUUUCAAGACAUGAGCGUGGGACUUCAUGCAGGCUGUAGUCCAAAAGCUACUGGACAAGAGCCCUAUCAGAUAUGAACUGCCGACGGUCCAAGAGAUUCCGAACUAAAGUUCUCAGUUAUUGGGACUUUGAGAGAAUAGUUUCUGUGGAGACUGAUAAUGGAAGUGUGGCUGCUGUCGUAAAGGAUAUCCCUGGUGAACGUACCAUCAUCUUACAAGGCCAAGAAUCGGCUGAUUCAGAUAUUGAGAAGAAUUCUUCUUCCAUAUUCUUUCCUCAGAAAAAGAUCCCAAAAACAAACUUCAUUUCAAAAUCUGAUUCCAGUAACAUAAAAAUCCAAGCCAAUCGCAUAAAAACAAAAAUGCAGCCAAAACCUGUCAAGUCAAGUAGAAAACGAUCUCUCUUUGCUGGGCAGUCUUUAUUGAACAAGACUGCAUCUCAGGAAACCAAUUUUAAAACCUCCAAGAAUUUUUCUGAAUUAAGAACAAGAAGCUUACCACUCCUAUCUGCUAUUAAUAUGUCCAGAAAAUCUAGAAAACCUUCUUUAGAAAGUAAUUUUCAAUCGAGUCAUCAGAAAACUUAUUCAAUGGAGCAUUCCAAAAUUUCUGAAGAAAUUCCUCACCAUAUGAGGGUCAGGACUAAAAAAACUUCAGUUGACAAAAAAUUGUCUGAUGUGUCCAAAGUUAAAGGCAGAUCUGAGUCACAAACAGAAAUACCAGACAGAAGCUCAAUACAUCCAUCUAUGACUAAAUCCAGUCAAUCAGGGGAGUUAAGCAAAACUACACUGGUAUCUGAUUUUGCUGACUGUUCAAAUGAAAACAUAAAUAAGACAGGUGCAGAUGCAAAAGAAUCUGUACAUGGCCACCAUUCUACUGAUAUUGAAAGCUCAGGCUUACCUCACUCCCCAAUUCUUUACAAUACCAGGUCUUCAGCUCGUGAAGCACCACUACAGACUGAAGUUGCUGCUUCAACAGAGAAUGUGUUGUCUGAAACUGUUGCUGCUGCUGUUACUUCACCACAGAAUGAGUUGUCUAAAACUGCUGCUGACAAAGUCGAUCAGCUUAUGAACUUCCUAGUUGCUGGGCCAAGCAAAAAUAUUGAACAAAACCCAAGUUCAAGUGAUUCAAGAACAGAUUCUGAAAGUGAAGGGAUAAAGCACUUGAGAAAUCUGUUAAAUGAUGGCAAGAACCUCAAAUUUUACCCACUGGGGCGCGAUGUCAUGCAGCCUGCCACGUCUCGUGAUUUUUAUAUUGCAAAAGGCGCCGCCAGUGGAAACAUAGAGACCUUCUUCCUUUGUCUCAAGAAAGGCUACGUUGCAUUCACUACUCCUGCAGACACGACACUGUUGACUCUGAAGGGGUCAGGACAGAGCUCGAUUGUCAUCGACGGAGCUUGCAUGUUUGCUUCUACUCUUGUCGCUGGCAUUCAGAACGAAGCUAAAAAAGGUGUUACCAUUGCCCUGAACGUGGAUGAAGAUUGCUCCGAGCUCCUCAUCUGCAUCAUGCUGUUUGGCUCGCAAAAUUAGCCAAAUCUCUAAUGUAUUACGUUGAACUUAUUGCCUUCAUUUUUACGAGCUUAUUUGUCCAAAUUUAUUUUUCGUCAAGUGUGCAAAUUUAUAUAGUCAUAGUAAGAUAUUUUUAAAUGAAUAGAUGAGUUCAAAGCUAUGGGAUUUUAUGAUGCCUCAGGCCGACUUUUUUAGCCACCAAACAAGAAUUCCUAAUUAACUACUGAUUUAUCCACUUAGUCUUCCGAUUAACCUGCCUUAAAAUCAUUUAGACAUUGAAACUGUCCUCUAUCUACCUACAUAUCUGAAAUUCUGACAGCUCUUUUUCUUGCUUACAUCAGAGCGUUCCACAUGUUAGAACUUCUUCGACUUGUCAGUGAUGCAUCAUAUUUUAUCUCAAUUGCUUUAAGACUCGGCAGUGCGACCAGUGAAAGACUUAUCCAGUUCGAGUUUGUGUGUUACAUAAAGCAAAUGCUUGCGAUUGUAUCUAAACUUUCCACUUCUCAGAAUAAUCCAUAUGAAAUUUUAUUUGCAAAGAUAUAGAUCUCUUAUUUCUUUUUCUCGAGUAAAAUAAAUGGAGACCAUGGAUAUGUCUAAGAUUACUCUGUGAAAUAAGUUAGGUUUUCUAAACCCAAUCGACAUUUCCAUUUUUAGAGUGGCAUCGUUAGAAAUCACUAUGAGUACAUAUCUGAUAUUGUAUUAUAAUUUGCUACCAAGGACUAACAACAUUUGUGCGCGAACGGGAUUGACUACUUUCAAGAUAGGCGGUCGUCACUUCUGAAAGAUAUACUUGACAUUGCAACUGAUGUUUUUCAUCGUGAGAUAUGGCACCUUGGAUGAACAGUUGUAUUUUUUUUCAUUUUUGCACUGCAUUGUUGAGCCUCUCACACAUCUUGAACCAGCAAUGAAAAUUGGUUAAAUCGUGAAAAUUACUUUCGUUUUCUCUCUUAUUUCUUUAUUGCGAUUUUCGUCUAAGAAAUUUGACGUUAUCACUAGCUUGGCAUUAGCGCUGACGGAAAAGAAUAAAAUGAUUUUAAUAAUAUAAUAGAUUGUAAUUUUUAAUUAAAUUAUGAGACUACUCAAUGCUAAUGUACUUUGUAUUCUUAUUGAGUUAUGUUGUAUUUUGGUAAUAUUUUGUUUGCUAAAAGUAUUAUGGUUUCGUAAAAAAUAAUCGAGGUAAUUAUAUUCGAGCACAUGCUGUUGAAAUAAUCAUUUAUGCUCUUAGUAAAACUAAACCUUUGAACCACUAAUGUUCAACAGUGAGGUUACCGUGGAAACUAGUGGAAACUAUAUCAAUUUCUGGAAAGAUGUGGAACUUGUAUAGUUUUGAAUCAAGCUAAAUAUGAGCUAAUCGCUCCUUAUUGAACGACGUCAUUUCACAGAAAGUUGGAGCUUUAUUGAGAUCCUUACCAAUUUUCAAGUGGUAAAGACAUUUCCUAGCAAGGAAAACGCCACGGCCAAGAUGUUAUACUUAUUGAAAAGGAGUGUCGGUGUGGAGAAAGAUACCCAUAACCUGUUAGGUGGAAAAAAUAAAAUCUAUAACCAGCGCAUUUGGUUCAUAUCUGUAGAAUUUAUAAUUCAGUGUUCCUGAUAACAGGGUUGAUUUACCUCUCAUCAAUAUAUUUUGUUUCAGUCAUUGAUGCUCCAUUGCCCAUAUUAAGUACUUAGAGUCAGACGCUCAAGUUACAAGGAUGCCCGUAUUGCUGUUCUCGGCAUAAUGGACGAUAUUUUCGAUUAAUCUAUAUCAAUCAGUUCCGUUUAUUUCUAGCGUGCGCCAGUUUAUUUAGUAUAUUGAGUUUGUAUUUGCUGCAAAAUAUUUUUUGUUCGUG